GUUCACAAAAUUGAGGGCGAAAAGAGCCACACAAGUUUUCUUGGUAGAAAUUGAUGAUGGAUUUAGCGAACAUAUGGGUGCAAUACUAAAGUCCUUAAAGAGAAAGAAAUGUUCAAAGUGGACAAUAUCCCAUUGGUGGCAACAAGGGCUGAAAACGGCAAGGAAAAGGAAAACAAAUUCAAUCGACUUUAGCUCCCGGUUUCCAGAGGGCCUCACAUGGAAUCCCUCAAGGAGUGAAAGUCACCAUGGUCAACCUGCUGAGUCAUCAUGCCGAUGUGGAAUACCGCUUCAUGACCCAACAAAUCAAACACACUCAUGCAAGGACAGAUGCACAAUGACAUUUGAUCUAGACCGUAGGUUUGACAUGCUUUAUGCCUAUAAAAGGCAAGAUCCGUCAUUGCCAAAUGCUGAUGUUCAAACACUUGAUACCCACAUUCAAGGCAGCAACAACAUUUCAAAUCAAUCUCCUUCAGUGAGUCCAAGGCAUAGUGAUCAUGGGACACCU